CGUCAUUUGUUCAUUACACAGUUACAGCUCAACAGAACAACAACGCAUCAUCGCGUCAAUAUUAACAGUCCACGAAAAGUAAAAAAAAACUAUAUAUAUAAUGGGUGUAUCGUUAAAGUUCGGUUUAGUGUUGUCGGCGUGCGUAUAUUUGGCUUUAGCCGAUCCUAUUCCUCACCAACAAGAUAAUGGAUGUGCGGACAAGGACUCGGUCGCGUGUGCGCAAAUGCAACUCUUCAGAACCGUCCGAUCAUUCUUCGACCAAGAAAAAGUGGAACUUUUGGGAGGAUUAUCUUUGGUCAAAAACGAAAAAAAGGGUAGAUCUUUGAAAGAAUCUGCUGAAGAUGUCAACGCCGUUGAAGGAGCCAAAAACACCAAUGAACGUGAAACUGCCCUUGAAGACUUUACCAUGCACAAGGUUGCCCGUUUCUUCCAAGAAAGAUCCCUUCACUGGAAUCUCUCCCCAGUCGUCAACGAAGUUUCUGAAGCAGCCCGUAGUGUUGCUGAUAGUAUCCCACCUCAAAUCAAGAACAAAAUCUCCAACUUCAUUGAAGAAGGUCGUGGUAAGAAGAAGAAGAUGAUGAAACAAUUGUUGCCUCUGUUGUUGGCUUUGAAACUGAAAUUAUCUGCCUUCGCUGGUCUUGCAUUCAUCGUUAUUGCCUUAAUCGCCAAGAAGGCCUUGUUAGCCAGUUUAAUUUCUCUGCUCGUUUCCGGUUUCAUCGGACUUAAAAAAUUGUUAAGUCAACAACAUCCACACCAUGAAGUGGUCGAAACUCAUCACGGACAUGCUAGCUAUAGUGCCCCAAGCUACAGUGGAUCAAGCUCUGGAUGGGAUAGCUAUGGAUCAAGCGGUCACGAUGCUCACGGAUCAUAUUCCAACAACGUUGCCCAAACUUUGGCUUAUGGAGCUCAAAAACCCGCUGCUAGAUAGAGAUUAUGACAUGAACGGCAAGCCAAACCUUGUAAAUAAAAUUUGUGCAUAGUCUUGCCCUCAACCACAAAAAAAAAAACAGAACACUUAAAUUAUUUAUUUAUUUUUAUAAAAUAUUAUCAGACUUCGACGCAGUGCAAUACACUCAGUGGCACACAUUGAUGUUCAACGCCAACAAAUCUUCGAUGGUCCGGCCAAGUGUACGAUGAUAGGGACACAUGACUGACAUCAAACUACUUUUACUAUAUAUUUACUUUUCCGACGUGUUAUUUAUUUUUUUAAUUUAUAUAAUACAAUUAUUGUUUAAACACGUUUAGAUAUGUACUAUAGUAAUAUAUACUCUAAGUGUACAAUGACCAGCAACCCCUAGUUGGAUCGUGCUAUCCACGUGACUGACACACGUUGACUUUAACGUAUUACCAUUGUAUUCAGUAAAAAUAAAAAUAUAUAUUAUUAUUAAUAUAACAACAAAAACGCAUUAGAUUAUGCCAAAGACAUUACUUAAACACGACUGACUUUAGCACUUGUUAGCAACACUCAACGACAAUGACUUAUCUAAUUCACGACUUACAUAUGUAACCUUUUAAAACUCAAGCUACUGAAUCUAAUCAACGCAAACAUACAAGUUACACAAACGACAUUAACUGACUUAACUUGACAGUUGAACUGAUAGUCGGACGAUAACUCUUGUAUUAUUUAUUUAUAAUGCCCGUGUUGUAAAACAUCAAAUUAUUAUUUAUAAAAUAUUUUUUUUACAAAUAAAUGAAUUUAUAUUUUGCCAAAGAAAAGGGCAAUAAAAACAUAA